AAUUUCAUUUGAUAUUCUUAUUGUAAAAAAAAUUGUUUUAUAUUAAAUAUUCCGUAUGAUUUAUUCUCAAAGACAACUUGAAUUGUUUACACUUAUAAAUAAUUUAAUGAGUGUUUAUUGUUAGAUUGACUUACUAGAAGUGCUUUUAAUUGGAUCUAACAGAUUGAUAAAAUGGAUCAAAUCAAAAAGUUCGUUGAACCAAGCCGAAAGUUCACAAAGGACAGCAUUAGAUUAGUCAAAAGAUGUACGAAACCUGACAGGAAAGAAUUCCAAAAAAUUGCAAUUGCAACAGCUAUUGGAUUUUGCAUAAUGGGAUUCAUUGGAUUCUUCGUCAAACUCAUUCAUAUUCCAAUUAAUAAUAUCAUUGUAGGCUCGUAAGACUUAUUCUGAAAUUAUAUUUAUUUUUUAAUUUUGUAUUGUAUAGGGUAAAACAUAGUGAUUGGUCUCUUAAGGUAUUGCCUCACUUUAAAGUAUAAAAAAAAUUAUAAAUAUUAUUAUGAUAUACAUUUUGUCCGUUUAGAUUACUUUUAUGAAUAUGUUUUUAUGAUAAAAUAAAAAAAAAAAUUAAAUAAAAAUUUAUGUAUUCAUAAGAAAUAAUAAAACAUAAUGAAUUAUAUGAAAAACUACAAAGUAAUUGGCCUAUUUGGUGUAGUGAUUAGCUCAUUUCUUAUAGAGAUUUCAAGAGCUUGAAAUUCACGGAUACAGUCUAUAAUAUAUUUAAAUAAAUCAUUCUAAUUGACUAAUUUUAUUUGUACAUUUAAUGCAGGCUUAACUGAUUUUCUUUUUUAAUAUAAAUUGCUGGUUCUUUAAAAUAAAGCAGAAUUUUUUCUAGCACAAGAAAUUCUUUUCAUUUUUGUCUAAAUAGAUAGAUAUGAAUUGUCGAUGAAAAUCAGUUCUAAUAAUUUCAGUAAAAGUACUUAAAACUAAGUUUUUUUAAAUUAUUUACUUUAUCAUUUUUAUGUGACGAUUUAAUAGAACUGUUUACACGGUAUUUAGAGUAACUUAUUGCAUCAGGAUUCUAGGAGAAAAACCAUAAGUCUUGGAUGCAUUUUUUACUGCAACUUCAUCAGCCGAAGAUUUAUUCCAGUCACUAGAUAUAACCAUAAAACCUCUGUUGUUAGGUACUAAAUUGCCAAGUACAUUAGUAUAUAAUUAACAUUACUUGCACUAAAUGUAAACAAUUCAGUCAAAUUAAGUGUACUAUUGUUCUUUUUAAAUUGCCGGGAAACAACUUAAAAUAUGUUAUAUAUAUAACAAAAACAUAAUGUUCGAAAACUAUAUAAGUUACUAAACAUAAGUCAAAUUUUUAUAAAGAAAUUAAAAAGAAAUUUUUUUUUAUAUUUAUUAAAAAAAAUAACAUGGCCAAUAAUUGUAUGUUUUACUCUAGAUACAUUUUUGAUUGAAAACUUAUAAUUACUGAAAAUAAAUAUAAAUUAUUUUUUUUGUUAAUUAGAAAUUGAUUGACAUGUUACCAAAAUAUUUUAAUGAUUUUAUUCAUUAAUAUAUAAUUCAUUAAGACAUAACUUUAUGUUUCGUACGCAUAAUGCAAAAUAUAAUGGCAGAUUUUUAUAAUUAAUCAGAAGCACUUUAUUAUUUGAUUUGUUGAUGCUCGCAAGUAUAAAUAUUCUCAACGCUUUAUUAUAUACUCCUUAAAUUACGUGAACAAAAUUUAACACUUUGUUUUUUUUUUAUAUGAACACUUACAAAAAAUAAUUAGUGCUGUAAAUAAUUACAGCCUCUUCAUCUUACUCAUUACAAGGUUGCGUUAUCCAUCUCUGUUAUUUAAUUAACUUAAGUUAAUUAUGGAAACGCAUUCCAGGUUUAGAUAUUUUUAUGACCGACGAAAAAUGAACUUUAUGUUCUUGACAA